AUGUCGCAUCCAUGUGGGGGCUCUAGCCAGGGCAUCACUUCAAGCCUCAUCGUCAAAGGCACUUUCACGUGCGCGACGGUGGAGGCCCAACAAAGUUUCAAAAGCCAGCUUUGCUUGGGCUGGAACAACGGAAUUGCCAAGCAUCUUGAGGGCCCCACGGGUAAGCCACAGUUGGACAACUUCAGCGAAGCCCAUUGGCAACUGAGGUUCACAGCCAAGGGACCGGAGUUUGACUUCUGGGAAGUGGACAGUGCUCGGGUUCUCUUUGGCCCAGACGUCGCUAUCAGCCUUUACAAGUUUGAAGGGUGCUGCGGGAAGGACAUUUCCGAAGAGCUACAGUCUGUGGAAGGAGCUGGGGUUGAUCAGGUGGCAGAUGCGCUGGGGCUAGAUCUCCAAGCCCCUGAGAGCAUUCCAGGUCAACUUGCCGAAACCAGUCAGGCUUGCAGUUCAAGAGCUGCACCCUUGCCCCUGGCGAACGGACCUGUUUCCGACUCCAAGAAGCCUGACGUUUGUCCCAUGCCAGAAAAUCUUCCUGCUCACUUGACAGACCUUUUCAAGAUGAUUCGGGUCCACUACGAGUUGCAGAUUCCACCAAGCAAAAAAGACAUUGCUGGAGUCUUGGGCCAGUAUAGUUCCUUGAAGAAGAAACAUGGAGGGCACCCUGACUUGGAGAAGAUGGCCGGCUGCCUUGAGCUUGCUUGCUGCGCUACUGCAGCGGAAGAUUUGCUCAAGGCGCAGGUCCUUGUUGCUCGGAUCAUGGCUUACAAGAAGCCGGAGAACUUGGAGCAGGGCGUGAAGUGGCUGCCUUCCAUUCAGGCUUUCUUGAAAGAUGACGCGAAAAGCAUCCAGCCCAUUGAGGAAAAGUUCCUCACUGUGAUUGUGAAGAUGGGCGAGGUCCAGCCGGUGAUUCGAUCUAGACAGAUCUUGGCUAUAGAUCCAUCCAGCCAGGUCUGGCUGGAUCUUGCUGGAUCUGGCUGGAUGUGCUUGGAUUUCGUUCGUCUGGCUGGAUCUGGCCGGAUCUGGCUGGAUCUGGCUGGAUCUGAUCUAAUUCAAUAUGGCUGUUUCCUCACGGUCUUGGGCUUGGAAAAUGGCACUGCUUUGAGCGACGAUGCGAAGAAAGCGGUGGAGUGGAUUUGCAAGGCGAAAAGCAGCGUGGGGAAGCUGGUGGCGAAGCAUGUGAAAAACCUGCAAGACUUGCAGAAGCAGCUGGCUGAAGAGAGCGUGGAUGAAGUGAAGGAAGCCACACGUGCUGAGGUUCUGAGCAUGCUAAGUCACAUCAGUGAAAAGGAGAAAAAGGAUCUCUUCAGCGUGGUGCCUGCCUUGGUGGCGAAAGCGCGCAUGUGUGAGCCGCAUGACCUAGAGCUUGCAGGCAAACUUGCGUCUGCAGAGGAUUUUUUCUUGGACUUCUUAGACACUGAGCUGACGGCGGCCAUGGAUUCACUCAAACAUGAAGAUGCUGAGGCAGCACCUCUGUGUUUGGUGACUGACUGGGGUUGGACAAGGGAAAGUACGCGCAAGCUGCAAGGCCAAUACAAGUCUGCAACAGCGUUUGUCCAGAUUUACCGCAAAGUCAAUCGGAAGGAUGGCCCUGACCUGGCGCAAUUCUGUGGGUUGUCACAGCUUCUCUCAACACUUCCCAUGCCGUUUCAAGAGGAGAAAAGGAUGGUGGAGGAGUGGGCUGCCCAGUUGGAGUCUCGGUAUGAAAGCCUCCAAGAAAAGACCCUUCAUGGAGUUUUCCAGAAGUGCAAGGAAGUAGACAGCAGCAUAGAUUUGAUUCUGAAGGUGGCGCAAGGAGAGGAGCCCAUGAACAUCAGGUGCGAUUCCGAAGAUGGGGUGAGCACUUUCAAAGUUUUCGCUUCCUUGGACAUUGACAGAAGUGGAACUCAGAAGCUCCCAACCAUGGGGGUUUGCUCAUGGUGCGAUGUGAACAAUGAGCUGAUGAGUCCAGGGCAUUGCCAAGGAGGUCAGCUCGGAACCAUCCUUCUUCAGAAGAUGGGCUGUUUGGAGAAGGAGAUGCACAACAACCUCCACAAGCAGUGCAUGAAGGCUUACGAAGAAUUUGCCGAUGUGACGCGAAAAGCGAAGGAAGAAGUGGUGAAGUGGCUGAAGACAGAAGAUCCGACUUUUGCGGAGCUCCGCAUCAACUUGAAGGAGUUGGGACCGAAACUUGAAAUGAUGGCGAAGUUUCAUUCCGAAAUGGCCAAGUUGACCGAAGGUUUGCCCAAGGAAUAUGUAGCACUCACGACCAAAGGUGCCUCUGAGAGCCUGUCUAUCAUGGCAGGGGUCCUUUGUGCUGCCAGUUGGCAAGAAAUUUUGGGCAUGCCAGAGGGGAAGGCCCAAUUUGACGCCGCAUCUGCCGCUCUCACCAGCCAU